UCGAGAACUCCCUCGUCUCGCUGUAUAAUGUUGUCAGAAAAGGAAAGGUUCGGCGAAAUUGCUUGAGAAAUAUUGCAUCAUUCCGCGCGUCAUCCAUGCGUACUAAUCAGCUGUGAUCACUAUAACACAGGGUGAAAAAUGAGUUUGGAGCGAAUUUCGUGCUAAGUUACGGUACCGUACUGCUUGGUGGCUUCGUUUCUGUUGGUAACUCAGUAAGUUGUGGAAAACCGUGAAUGUCGUCGAAGAAUCUUUUACUUAAAGCAUUAGACAUGAAUAUCGGAUUUAUUGGAGCUGGUAAUUUGGCCGCUCAUAUGGCCAAAGGUUUCAUAAAAUCUGGUGCUGUUCGAGCAAGUCAAAUCACUGCAAGUUCUCCUGAAACAAAAAAAGAAACUGUAAAAGAACUUAAGGAAAUGGGAGUCAAAUUUUCCCCUGACAACAAAGUCACAAUCAAGAAUAGUGAGGUCAUUAUGCUAGCUGUCAAACCAAAACUUAUUCCUUAUGUCCUCGAAGAAGUUGCUAGCAAUAUAACAAGUGAUCAGCUCGUGUUCUCAUUUGCUGCAGGAGUAACAAUAGCUUCAAUUGAAAAGAAACUGCCUUCCAAUAUGAAAGUUAUGAGAGGAAUGACAAACACAUGUUUAGCUGUUAAAGAAGCUGCUACUGUAUAUGCUGCAGGAACAAAUGUCACUGAUGAAGACACGGCAAGAAUGGAAGAUUUGUUUCGAAGAGUCGGGCUAGUAGAGGAAGUUGAAGAAGCGCAUGUUAAUGCUGUCACUGGCCUUGGAGGAUCUGGGCCUGCUUAUGCAUAUGAAGCAAUUGAAGCUCUUGCGGAUGGUUCUGUAAAAAUGGGCUUGCCAAGAGGUCUUGCAAUGAGGCUGGGUGCCCAAACACUAAUUGGAGCUGGUAGAAUGUUAUUGGAAACCAAGAAACAUCCUGGCGAAUUGAAAGAUGCAAUUUGUUCUCCCGAAGGUGCCACAAUAUAUGCUCUUCAUUUGUUGGAAAGGGGAGGAUUCAGGAGUUUGCUCAUGGAUGCAGUGGAAGCAUCUUGCAUUAGGACAAAAGACCUGGAGGCUGUCGGGGAUGAAGCAUAUACAGAUAAUGAAGAAAUAAAGAAGAGAAUAAGAGAGGGACUACAUUUGAGAGACUUAAUUGAUAAUAGUGUUGGAAAUAAAUGAGCGUCAUAGCAUUACAUAGAUGCAAACAACAACAAAAUGGUCGAAACGACGGAGAAUGUCCCCGAUUUAUUCUCGCUUGCUAUUUUGCUUAAACACUAUCAGUGCAUAAUCUAUUUUACUGUUUUUUAAUUGCUCAGUAUUGUUUUGAAAAUCAUGAUAAACUUUGGAUUUUAAUAUUUGUACCUCGAUUGUAUCAGUGUGCAAUUCACAAUUUUACUGCAUUGCUGCUUUUAUUUUUAAUCGCUGAAGCAUACAUACGUACAACUUUUCUUUCAAAUGUAAUGAUGUUAACCAGAGUUUGGUGCUGAAAUAAAAAAAAAUUGCAUCCUA